AUAAAACAAAGAAAAACCAUAAUAGUAUAAUUUUUAAAAUUAAAAAAGAAGAAAAGAAUAAUUAGAAUAGAAGCAGCAAUUUCUCAACAAAGGAUGCAACAUUCGUUGACUUGAGCUUUCUCUUUUCCUCGACCCUUCUCUCUCAAAGCCGUUCUGUGCAUUUUCUGCUAAACCUGCGCACACCCAAUUGGGAUUUUAGCUCCAGAUUCCAAGGCAAGAGCACAAAGUGGAGAAAGAAGAGGACUUGAAGCUGCCCACAGUACGAUUUUGGGCUGCAAACCGAUUUUGGGUUGGCCAACAAGGUCAAGAUGUUUCUGAGCUUGAUGGGUGUCAUGUAGAUCAAGAGGGGCGUGCGGGUUAGGGAAGCAAUUGUUUAUGAAGGCUUGGUUGUUAUCACAAAGGUCAAUUGUUUAUGAAGUUGAAGAGGCAUGGAGAGAGUGAAUUCGUCUUUUAUGAGUUCCUUUUUUGUUUGGGCAAUUUUGGUGCUUGAUUUGGUACUUAAGGCUUCUGGCAAUCAGGAAGGCGAUGCCCUGAAUGCAUUGAAGAGCAGCUUGCUUGAUCCUAACAAUGUUCUUCAAAGCUGGGAUGCUACUCUUGUCAAUCCCUGCACUUGGUUUCAUGUUACUUGCAAUAGUGAUAACAGUGUGACUCGUGUUGAUCUUGGAAAUGCAGACCUUUCUGGUCAACUGGUCUCGCAACUUGGUCAGCUCACAAAUUUACAGUACUUGGAACUUUAUAGUAAUAAUAUAACUGGAAAAAUUCCAGAGGAGCUUGGGAACUUGACAAACUUGGUCAGCUUGGAUCUGUACUUGAACAAUUUAACUGGUUCUAUACCAACUACGCUGGGCAACCUUGCAAAACUACGUUUCCUGCGUCUCAACAAUAAUACCUUGACGGGAGGCAUACCCAUGUCUUUGACAAAUGUUUCUUCUCUGCAAGUUCUUGAUCUCUCGAACAACCGUCUAACAGGGAAUAUCCCAGUGAAUGGUUCAUUUUCAUUGUUUACCCCCAUCAGUUAUCAAAAUAAUCCUGGCUUGAUACAGCCAAAAAACGCUCCAUCUCCAGCUUCUCCAACUCCACCACCAGCUUCUUCAGGAAAUAGUAACACUGGAGCUAUUGCUGGAGGAGUUGCUGCUGGUGCUGCUCUGUUGUUUGCAGCCCCUGCAAUUGCACUUGCUUAUUGGCGAAGAAGGAAACCUCAGGAUCAUUUCUUUGAUGUUCCCGCUGAGGAGGAUCCUGAAGUUCACCUUGGUCAACUUAAAAGGUUUUCGCUACGUGAGCUGCAAGUUGCCACUGAUAACUUUAGUAACAAACACAUUCUGGGUAGAGGUGGAUUCGGAAAGGUUUAUAAAGGACGCUUAGCUGAUGGAUCUCUUGUGGCAGUGAAAAGGCUUAAAGAGGAACGUACGCAGGGUGGGGAGCUCCAAUUUCAAACUGAAGUGGAAAUGAUCAGCAUGGCUAUGCAUCGUAAUUUGCUUCGGCUUCGUGGUUUCUGUAUGACACCUACUGAACGAUUGCUUGUGUAUCCUUUCAUGGCUAAUGGAAGUGUAGCAUCGUGUUUACGAGAACGUCAAGAGUCUCAACCACCACUUGGCUGGCCAGAACGGAAGCGUAUUGCUCUGGGUUCUGCGAGGGGGCUUGCUUAUUUACAUGAUCAUUGUGACCCUAAGAUUAUUCAUCGUGAUGUCAAAGCAGCAAAUAUUUUGUUGGAUGAGGAAUUUGAAGCAGUUGUUGGAGAUUUUGGUCUAGCAAAACUUAUGGAUUAUAAAGAUACUCACGUUACUACUGCUGUACGUGGAACAAUUGGACAUAUAGCGCCUGAGUACCUUUCAACUGGAAAGUCUUCAGAGAAGACUGAUGUUUUUGGAUAUGGUGUGAUGCUUCUUGAACUCAUAACUGGACAAAGGGCUUUUGAUCUAGCUCGACUUGCCAAUGAUGACGAUGUCAUGUUGCUUGAUUGGGUUAAAGGACUUCUCAAAGACAGGAAAUUGGAAACACUGGUAGAUGCAGAUUUACAGGGAAAUUAUAUUGAUGAGGAGGUAGAGCAAUUAAUCCAAGUGGCACUGCUAUGCACACAGGGCUCUCCUAUGGAAAGACCAAAGAUGUCUGAAGUGGUCAGAAUGCUAGAAGGUGAUGGUUUGGCUGAGAAAUGGGAGCAAUGGCAGAAAGACGAGACCUUCCGGCAAGACUUCAACAACAACAUUCAUCCCCCUAAUGCAAAUUGGAUAGUAGAUUCAACUUCCCACAUCCAACCAGAUGAACUGUCAGGUCCUAGAUGA